UGUGUGGCAAUGUUCUAUAAGCAAAGUUUUUAGUGAAGGAAAAAAAACAAACAAAGAAGAUGGACAAGUCUGUACGGAAGCAGGGGUGAUCUCAUGAUCUAGACGACAAGAUGGCAGCGCACCCGGGAGGAGACGAUGACGGUACCAACAGGGAUCAAUUACUGGAAUUAGGACGUAUUCUGUUGAAGGAUUUCAUCUAUGAACGUGUUCAACGGAAUAGAGACAGCAAUGCUGUUGUGACCAGGUCACAGCUUGGAGCAGGGGAGCUCUGUGACCCAAACCACAAGAAGCUGGCUCAGUGUCUUCAGCAAAUUGGAGACGAGCUCGAUGGAAAUGUAGAACUCCAAAGGAUGAUAGAGAACUCUUCACUCAGUCCCACCAGAGAAGUGUUUAUGAGAGUAGCCUACGAGAUCUUUUCAGACGGGAAAUUCAACUGGGGCCGAGUGGUAGCUCUGUUCUACUUCGCCUGUCGACUCGUCAUCAAAGCUCUGGUGACCCAAGUCCCUGACAUCAUCAGAACCAUCAUCAACUGGACCGUUGAUUACCUUCGUGAAAAUGUAAUCAACUGGAUCAUGGAGCAAGGUGGCUGGGAGGGCAUUCGUUCCUACUUUGGCACUCCCACAUGGCAGACGGUGGGAGUUUUCUUGGCUGGCGUUCUCACCACUGUCAUUGUCAUACGGAAAAUGUGAAGGGCCUACGAGGAUGAACUAAGACUUUGGGAAAUGGGGAACAGGAAGGUCCUUAGAAGAUGAGCAGGAGGAAACGCUACAGGAAGAACUUUGCAUUUCGGACAAGAGCCUCCGCUGUCUCCCAUCAACGAGCGUGGAUCAGGAGAUUGACUGAACAGCCUUUUGCUCCCAUGAUUCCUACACUACUGGGGAAGUGAGCGUGAAGCGUUGCAUGGGUACACGCAGGCAUCGCUGUGGGCGGAGCGGUUGUCAGACUUCAACAGGGAAUAUGUUUUAGUUAAUUUAUUUUUUAUUUGGUACAAAUAAGUCACUGCACUCCGUUUUCUCAGCUGAAAUCACACGGGCAGAUGUUUUCUCGUGAUAUUGGGAAUUCUACCGCUGUGUCGUUCAUUCACAAAUUUCUGUUCCUCCAUAAUUCCUUUUUGGAUCUUCCAGCUCUCCAUCCAUGUAGCCAUGGUGUGUGUAGAUGUAUCAGUUCCAUCUUAUGUAUUUGUGAGUGUUUCCUGGUGCAAACCUGUACUGAUCUACCAGCGCUGAAGACAUUGGUCACAUCUGUUCACAAUAAUUUUUAUUUUUUUUAAUUUACAGACUUAACACAAAUUUGAUGCUCAAGAAGAGUUUAAACCAUUUUUCUCAGCAAAUGCACAACACGGCCUUAUUUAACAUGUAACACGUACUACAGCAAGUAUUUAUGCCAAAUAACUACCUAACUUAAAGACAAUUUGAUCUAUUUCUUGCUGUGCGUGACAUGACAUACUAUAUUUCCUUUGGCUGUUUUCACCAAUGAUGUGACUCAGUAAUUCUUCCAAACCUUGGUCUAAGUGGAGCGUCUCAAAGUGAUGCCGUCGUCGUCAUACGCAGACGGAGAAAGCCGCGGAUUGCUCACAGAUGCUUACCUCACUUUGUACAUUUUCAGAGUACUGUAUUUUACCCAAGUUGUUCAACCUGCGAUGUCGUCUACACGGCAGAAUGCUUUUAUACAUAUUCUGGUGCCUUGGUGUCUUUUUUACUCAUUUUGAUAUUCACACUGUUUUCUAUCACAAUUGUAAAUCUGAAACAAGUUUGAAAUCUUCAUGAAAAUCUUUUUUGCAGUGACUUUGUACGUUAUAAUAUGGAAAAUAAAUUGUAACUGUGGAUCUGGUUAAGCAUUGAUUAUUCGAUGAUGUUCGAGAUGCUUAAAUGAGAAAUUAAAAAGAUAUUCCAUA